GUGGAUAAACUCUCAACCGGCUGUCCAGUUGCUAAUGUUCUUCCGUAGGUGGUCUAUCGUGUAAGAGUGAGCAUAUCUCUCGGCAAUGGGUGCUAUGACGACUGAAGGUGACAAUGUUAAAGACGAAGGGAAUAAAAAGCCUGAGGAAGAGCUCAAUAAGUUGACAGAUGACUUUGUGGCCCCUGACGGGGGUUGGGGGUGGAUUAUCGUUCUCGCUGCUGGAUUUUCAAACCUUUGCGUGCUAGCGACAAUACAAAAUUUCGGCCUCAUAUUUCGAGUGAAAUUAGCCCACCUUGGAAUAACACCAACGGAAACAACGACUAUUCUAAAUGUUCAUCUCGCUAUAACAGCUACGAUAGGUUUAGCCAAUGGCCCUCUUUUCAAGAAGUUCAGCUUCAGACAGAUAGCUCUCUGUGGGGCAAUCCUAUGUUCAUCAGCAACGAUAAUGCUGUCCACAGCCAGGACGUUCCAUGAAAUUCUUAUUUAUCUUGCAGUCUUCCACGCUGCCGGAUCGGGAAUAUCAAUGUCAUCGAAUGCCCUGGCCCUAAAUACAUACUUCAAGAAGAGAAGGAGGCUGGCAGUGGGCCUCAGCUGGACAUGCACUGGUCUUGGACCCAUCAUUAUGCCCCAUAUAAUUACAGCUUUGAUGCCGAUAUUCGAUGUCUCUGGGACUCUUCUGAUUUUGGGUGGAUUUGCAACCCACUCUGUUGCUUGCUCUCUUUUACUUCACCCAGUUGCGUGGCAUGCGAAGAAAAUUAAUGUUAUGGAUGAACUGCGGGCUGAAGCAAUCAAAGAAAAACAGGACACAGUCUUGAAUAAUAGAACGCGAAAGGAUUUGAAAGCUCUAUCAGUUGAAAACCUCAAGGAGAAAUUGUCGACUAUUGCCGAUGAUCGUCAGGGGUUUGGAAGUCAGUAUCUUUAUUACGAUGAUGAGGAAGAGGGUGCGGCUGGUAUCGAUGUUGAAGGUGGAACUCCGAUGAUGUCACGCGCCAACGACGGAUGGUUCUCAAAGAAAAAUUCAUCGACAGUAUCGCUCACCUCGAAUCGCACUGUGAAGCAUGAAAAUCCACAAGUACGUUUGCGAAAUAAGUCGUUCAGUUUGAGUAGACCACCGAGCAUAACAGCGCUGAGCCAAGGACAUUCUCUCAGGAAUAUUGCCAAGGGCAUUAGCGAGAAUGACGGCAGGCGGCGAAAGCUAUCUAAUCAGAUAUCUGGAACUACUCCGCUGAUAAUCGUUAAGGAAUCCUGUGAAUCCACAAACUCCAAUGAAGACGAUUGCAAAGCUGAUGAAUGCGAAAAAUGUCAAUUGGAAGGAACCGCGGAGGAAGAGCCUGUGGAGGAACAUCCACCCUCUCGUUUCAAACGCUUCAUCAAUGCUAUCGUCAUCUUCUUCGAUCUCAGCCUCCUGCGGGAUAAGGUCUUUGUGAAUUUGAUGCUGGGACUGAAUUUUGCAAAUUUUACUGAAAUAAAUUUUGCACUCAUCACUCCGUUUAUUCUGGGGGAUUUCGGACUGAAGAUCAAUCAGGUGGCCAUGUUCAUGUCGGUGCUGGCUGGAGUGGAUAUGGCUGCCAGGGUUUUCAUAUCUUUCUUAGCUUCGAAGAUUGGGUUCAGUAAUCGGACCUUUUUCCUUAUUGGUGUUGCUUUCAUGUCAUCGGGGAGACUAAUUCUCGCCCACACAAUAGACUACACAAUAAUCCUGCUGGUAGCAGUAUUAGUCGGCUUCGGGAAGAGCUUAAGAACGAUCUUCAUAGCCCUGGUGAUUCCGUCCCACGUCCCAUUAUCUCGACUCCCAGCAGCGACAGGACUGCAGUUAGUAACAAGUGGUCUCAUUUCCAUCGGUUUCGGUCCCCUCGUAGGAAGAAUCAAAGUCCUUCUGGGGAGUUACUCCCUCCUCCUGCAUAUUCUGAAUAUCUUCCCCUACCUAGUCAUCAUAUCUUGGACUCUCGAAGCGUGGAUCACAUCGAGAAGAGCCAAGAAGAUCGAAAAUCAGUUGAACUCUGAAGCUUAAUAAUCCUUUUUAUUACUCUUUCUAAGUAACGAAAAUUGACAAAAAAUUGCCUGAUUGUAAAAUAUAAGAUGUUACACCCAAAAAAAUGAUUUAUUUGAACUAAAUAAACUUUAUUUGAAUCAAGUAAAUCGUUUAUUUAAUUCAAAUAAACGGAUUUUCUGCGUACAGCUACCAGAAGUGACGUUGUACCUAGAAAUUCUAAAAGUAAGCAAGCGAAUUAUCAAAUUCGGUGUGGAAUGUAUUAUUUCUUAGAUAAUAAAUCUAAUUUCACUACAAAA